UCACAUUUAUUUAAUUCCUUUUUCUCUUCCUUUUCAUAAUUUAUUUAAUUCCCUUUUCUCUCCCCCUUUUUAAUCUUUUUCUCUAGCCAUGUCCAUAUAUUUCUCGAGACGAUCGGACGUACAGAGGAAAUGAUAAACAAUAAGAUUCGUUUAUCUAAAAAAUAAGAAAGAGAAAAGGAGGAAGAAGGAGAAGAAGAAGAAGAAGAAUGGAGACCAUGAUAAAAACCGCCUGACGAAAGACGUGCCACAGCCAAGGAAAGGAGAAGAGAGAAAGAAAGAAAGAAAAUAAAGAUUAAAGAAAAAAGAAACGAGAAAGAAGAAAAAAUAAGACAUAUAAAAAAAAAACGGAAGGAGAGAACGAACAGAAAAAAAGCGAGACAGACAGCUAGAAAGAGAAAGAAAGUAAGUAAGAGAAAAGAAAGGGAGAGAGAAGGAGAUAGACGGAGAUAAAGAAGACGAAGAGGAACAGAAUCGCCAAGAUGCUGUGGUUUCUCGUCGCCUCGAUACUGCUGCUCCAGUGCGCAACAGCAGCAGGAGACAUCCUCAGGGGCGUCGACGUGCCCCUCUACGCCUUCGCAGGAGGUCAAGCCACGCUCAGCUGCUCCUUCGACCUCAGGUCAACGCGCCUCUACUCCUUGAAGUGGUACCACAACGGCACCGAGUUCUAUCGCUACGUUCCGACUCAACGGCAGCAGAUCAGCAUUAAACCAAGUCCCAAGUUUGCUGUUCAUGAACUGUUUCGAAGCGACCAGCGUGUGACCCUCUCGCUCACCAAGCUCUCGGUGUCAGCCUCAGGUCAAUACAGGUGUGAGGUCAUUGCCGAGCACCCGAGCUUCCGAACCGAGGCAUCCACUGCUACUAUGACCGUCUUGAGAGAGCCGCUGUCCCCCCCUGUUCUCGUCGGAGGCAAGGAGAUCUACGAGGCGACGGAGCUGAUCAAGAUCGGGUGCCAGCCGAGACGCCCCUUCCACGGCGCCCACACGCCCACCCUGCAGUGGUUCCUCGAAGGGAGCAAGGUCGAGUCGGAAUGGGUGGCUCCGUACGGAGGUCAUCGAGGUCAGGCCUUCACGGGACUCGCUCUGCACGUGCCGGGAGAACAGGUUGCACGAGCAGGAGGCAGCUUGCAGGCCGAGUGCAGGCUGACUCUCGGCCCUCACGAACACAGCACGUUCAAGACGCUGAGAGUUCGGAUAAGGAUGAUCUCUUACGUCGAGAAUUACCAGUCUUCGGCUCCCUAUGGAGAUUCAGAUAGAAUAGCAACAUCACCAGCAAAUUUGCCCAAAGUUGCUCCACAGUGA